AUGAAGAUCCACCUAAAAUGUGUGCGUACCCAAGUUUUGAUACUUGUGAUCUUGUUCAUUGUGAACCCCAACAGUGCCUUUGACAAUGAAAUCGAGCAGAGCGAAGGCUCUCCUUCAAAGAGCAAAGCAAGGCGCAGGAUUUACGAUCGAUUCGAGUUCUCCGAAGACUUCGCAUCUGAGCCCAAAUUCGACGACCAUUCGAUUUCCUUUGAAGACCAACAGCAACCGGAUGAAGCGAACUUUCCUGCUUUAAACCCAUUUCAAAGCGACCAUUUGAUGCCCUUCCGAAUUCCCCAAUUCAAGGAUCAAGACCAAUACCUUAAAUUGGACGAUGUGAGAUCGGACGGUGGGCAUCAGGCGGGCCAUCCACGCCCACCCACCUUCGGUUUCGAUGAUUAUUAUGAGGCGGAACCAGACCAACCCGAGCAGUCUUUCAAUUACUUUUCUAAACUUGAAGAGAACACUCUUUCUCGGCCGAAGAUCAAAGUCCAAUACAACGACAAUAUAUACGAUCACAAACCAUUGGAUCCUGUGAAGAACGUGGGAUAUUCGGAAUUUGUGACCACCAAACCCAUUGACACUUCUACAAAGGGGAAUUAUUACAAAAAACGAAUCGUGAAGAAAGCUCCAAAAUAUUCCAAGAUUCUCGAUGGUGUCAAAACCGUGGAUUCAAAUUACCAACCUCCCAAACCAUCAUCAGAUCAGUAUGGCGAGAUUAAACCAUCCAAACCUAGCUACGAGAAAGAGGAGCCCCAAGUUUACUACAAACCAGUAGAGACCAAAUCAACCACAUACAAACCUGUAGUGUACUACAAACCCUUGGCGACCACAACAACUUUGAACCAAUAUUCAGAACCUAGCCGUCCUUCGAAACCAGACGUUUAUUAUAAGCCUUUACCACCCACACAAAAAUAUGAAAAACCAAUCUCAACAGGCUAUGACCAACCUACUCUGGUUGAAACCUCUUCACAGAACAAUUACCAAGCUCCACAUCUCGACCCCAUCCUCAAUGAGGUGGAUUACACCCCUCCCAAGGUUCUCGGUACGAAUGGUUCCAAAAAACCAAUUUCCACUUAUCAGAGCCUAAACAUUUCUAAGUACAGCGAAGAACCAAUGCCCAUGGUCUAUUACAAACCAUUGGCAGUGGUGCCUACCGAACCAGGAUUCACCGAGGACUAUCCCAAACCAUUGGCAGUUGUUCCAACCGUGAAGCCCCAAAGGAAGAAGAGGAAGAGAACCAGGAAGACUAAGCCUCGUUACAAUCAGACCCAAAAUAAGCCUUGUGAUCAAGCAAAGGACAAGAACGUUCCAAAGGCCAAACCUUCAUACCAACCCAAUGCAGUCGCCAAUUCUCCUUCAAAGGAGCCCACGUCGCCAGGCCUCUUUGGCAUAUUUUCUUUGUUUUCCAACAAUCAAGAUAAAUCCGCCCCUGGUGUGGCAUAUGGAAGCCCAUCUAAACCCACAUAUCACUCGGAAAUGAAGCCCCCGGGACCUCGCAAUCCCGGAAAGUACAACUCAAAUUCGGAAAUUCAAUCUGGAUAUGGCGAAGUCGCGUCAAUGCCAGCAAAACUGCCCUCCUUUGUUGGGAGUCUUCUCACUUGUUUACCCAUUUCGAUAGCUGCGGCUCUUGUGCCCUUCGGACUCCUCAAUUUCAA